AUGAGCUUUAUGAGUGAGGUUUCAAAAUACCUUACCUGUAGGAAGGAUGUCAAGAAGGCAAUCAACACAGCCUCAAAGCUCAGAGAAAGUAAGAGCACAGACAAAACUCAUGAGACUCCAGCCAUUGUCAAGAUGUUGAAAGAGUUAGAUGCAGUCACCUCUACUGUUUUUGAAUCCUUGUUUUCCUUUAUAGCUAGUUCAAAUUUGAAAUCAAAGUCAAGCACUUGGUCAUUAGUUUCAAAGCUGGUGCAGCCCAGAAAAGUAGCAUGUGAAGGUGAAGAAGUCACAAAAACGAAUGAGCUUGAGAAGGUGGAUGCUGCAUUGCACUUGCUCAUGAGUCACAAGACUAAAGCAUCUGAUAACACAAUGCAAGUUGAUUAUGUGCAAAAAAAUUUAAAGGAAUUCGAGAUCAACAUUCAAGAUAUUGAAGAACGAUUUGAGUGCCUCUUUAGGCGCUUAAUCAAAGCCAGAGUUUCCCUUCUCAACAUAUUCAACAAUUAG